UUAUUUUUGUUAUUUCUAUUAACCUGUAUUUUUUGGUUUAGUCAGUUUCCUAGAUAAUUUUCGAGUUUCUAUGAACACAAUCUGUACUCUCCUAUAAAUUAUUACUUGUUUUUAGAUCUCAUGGCUUUUGAAGCGGUUUCUGCUGAGACUGUUGUGUUCACUCUGAGAAUGGGGCUAUCGACCAUCGUUGGGGAAACCGGCGAGGUGUUCGCCAAUCCUUCAAGAGGCAUAUAGUAGUAGUAGUGGUGCAAAGCACCACGAGGGGUCCGUGGAGACCCGUGGAUUAUUGAGAUCCGCCUGGAUCGAAGAUUUUGGUGGGGAGGCCUAGUGCCUCUGCCACCUUUUUUUGGAUCCGUCCACAGUUUUGACGGAGUGAGCGGGGGUUGGAUAGAACAUUUCAGCAUGUGUUCCACAUUCCCUGUGACAUCGCCACAUUUAUUGCAGGCUGGCACCGUGUCGUUGUUGAUUCUCGCGAAAUAACUUGGGACCAUGGUUGAGUGACCGCAUCUGAUUCUGGCCAGCUCCACUCUUGUACCUCGCGGCAGGGAGCUUUCCUCACCAUUUAUGGCGGGGGCGGGGUAGAUUGGAAUGCAAGGGGCCGUCGCCGCCGGUCAAUCUCCCUCCAACGUACCUGUACGAAGGAGCUAACUCCCUUGCAAAAUCAAAACACCACAGAUGGAUCUGUGGAGUUCUUGCGGAUCUCAAAGAGAUCGCACCCGGUUUUUUUCAAGAGGCAUAUUGUCGGGAGUCGUUGGCUGCCAAGGUGUUACCCGGUUGCAAUGGGAAAGCCUCGAUGAGGACGAGGUCAUGAAAUGGCCAUUCACACAAGGAGACACCAUGAUUGAGCAGCUCAUUCAAGCAGAUACUCCUGUAUUUGUGCUGAAAGAGAGAGUAGGAAGAGAAACUGACAUUCUUCAAGUGUUCUGGAUGCAAGAUAGUUCGGUUACCAACGAUGAAGCUCUUGUAGCAAUCGAUACGAGCCUGCGUAGACUGGAAAAUCCUAUGGAGAAUGUCAACGGGGAGAUUCGAGACCCCCCAGUUGGGCCACCACCUGCAGAAGUUGUCUACCGCCCUGUUCCCGCAUCCUUCUGGAUCAAUAUAGCCGAACACGGGAGGCUUGCGGUUCCUGUGAUGCCUCGUGAUGCCCCACGUGAUGCCCCACACGACGAUUCCGACGACUUGCAGGCAGAGGAUGAGGAUGAAGAUCUGCGUCAACCGCGAAGACGACGCCACUCUCCAGAUGAUAAUGAUGAGCCAGCAGCGAGACGGAACCGCCAAUAAUCUUUUUAUAUGUCACGAUGUUCCACUAUUAUUGUAUUAUUUUUAAAUAUCUUUUUGCGCGCCAACAUUCCUUAUGAUCUUCCUGUGAAAUUUAUUUUUUAACUUUGAAAAACAUUUUAACAACAAAAACAACAAAA